AAUUCUUUCCGCUGGUCAAAGUACAGUGCAGUAAACAUCUGAAACUUUUGCUGUGCACCUUGUAUGCUCCGAUGUGCACAGAACAUCCGGACCCCAUCCCACCGUGCCGUAGUCUGUGCGUGGAGGCCCGAACCCCAUGCGAAAAGCUGAUGAACAAAUUCGGGUUUGAGUGGCCAGAUAACUUAAACUGUGAUCGAUUUCCAGAGAAUGGUAUUUGUAUUGGAGAAGAUACGACUGAUGGUCAAAUAAUGACUACCAAGCCAGUACUAGGAAAUGAUUUACAAAACAACAAGGAAAAAAGUGUUGGAAGGUGUGAGCCAAUAAAAGUCGGCAUAUGUAAGGAUUUACCGUACAACGAGACUCGUAUGCCAAAUUUUAUGAACCACACAAAUCAGGAGGACGCUGGGAUGGAGGCUCAGCAAUUCUUUCCGCUGGUCAAAGUACAGUGCAGUAAACAUCUGAAACUUUUGCUGUGCACCUUGUAUGCUCCGAUGUGCACAGAACAUCCGGACCCCAUCCCACCGUGCCGUAGUCUGUGCGUGGAGGCCCGAACCCCAUGCGAAAAGCUGAUGAACAAAUUCGGGUUUGAGUGGCCAGAUAACUUAAACUGUGAUCGAUAUCCAGAGAAUGGUCUUUGUAUUGGAGAAGAUACGACUGAUAGUCAAAUAAUGACUACCAAGCCAGUACUAGAAAAUGAUUUACAAAACAACAAGGAAAAAAGUGUUGGAAGGUGUGAGCCAAUAAAAGUCGGCAUAUGUAAGGAUUUACCGUACAACGAGACUCGUAUGCCAAAUUUUAUGAACCACACAAAUCAGGAGGACGCUGGGAUGGAGGCUCAGCAAUUCUUUCCGCUGGUCAAAGUACAGUGCAGUAAACAUCUGAAACUUUUGCUGUGCACCUUGUAUGCUCCGAUGUGCACAGAACAUCCGGACCCCAUCCCACCGUGCCGUAGUCUGUGCGUGGAGGCCCGAACCCCAUGCGAAAAGCUGAUAAACAAAUUCGGGUUUGAGUGGCCAGAUAACUUAAACUGUGAUCGAUUUCCGGAUAAUGGUCUUUGUAUUGGAGAAGAUACGACUGAUCGUCAAAUAAUGACUACCAAGCCAAUACUAGGAAAUGAUUUACAAAACAACAAGGAAAAAAGUGUUGGAAGGUGUGAACCAAUAAAAGUCGGCCUAUGUAAGGAUUUACCGUAUAACGAGACUCGUAUGCCAAAUUUUAUGAACCACACAAAUCAGGAGGACGCUGAGAUGGAGGCUCAGCAAUUCUUUCCGCUGGUCAAAGUACAGUGCAGUAAACAUCUGAAACUUUUGCUGUGCACCUUGUAUGCUCCGAUGUGCACAGAACAUCCGGACCUCAUCCCACCGUGCCGUAGUCUGUGCGUGGAGGCCCGAACCCCAUGCGAAAAGCUGAUGAACAAAUUCGGGUUUGAGUGGCCAGAUAACUUAAACUGUGAUCGAUUUCCAGAGAAUGGUAUUUGUAUUGGAGAAGAUACGACUGAUGGUCAAAUAAUGACUACCAAGCCAGUACUAGGAAAUGAUUUACAAAACAACAAGGAAAAAAGUGUUGGAAGGUGUGAGCCAAUAAAAGUCGGCAUAUGUAAGGAUUUACCGUACAACGAGACUCGUAUGCCAAAUUUUAUGAACCACACAAAUCAGGAGGACGCUGGGAUGGAGGCUCAGCAAUUCUUUCCGCUGGUCAAAGUACAGUGCAGUAAACAUCUGAAACUUUUGCUGUGCACCUUGUAUGCUCCGAUGUGCACAGAACAUCCGGACCCCAUCCCACCGUGCCGUAGUCUGUGCGUGGAGGCCCGAACCCCAUGCGAAAAGCUGAUAAACAAAUUCGGGUUUGAGUGGCCAGAUAACUUAAACUGUGAUCGAUUUCCGGAUAAUGGUCUUUGUAUUGGAGAAGAUACGACUGAUCGUCAAAUAAUGACUACCAAGCCAAUACUAGGAAAUGAUUUACAAAACAACAAGGAAAAAAGUGUUGGAAGGUGUGAACCAAUAAAAGUCGGCCUAUGUAAGGAUUUACCGUAUAACGAGACUCGUAUGCCAAAUUUUAUGAACCACACAAAUCAGGAGGACGCUGAGAUGGAGGCUCAGCAAUUCUUUCCGCUGGUCAAAGUACAGUGCAGUAAACAUCUGAAACUUUUGCUGUGCACCUUGUAUGCUCCGAUGUGCACAGAACAUCCGGACCCCAUCCCACCGUGCCGUAGUCUGUGCGUGGAGGCCCGAACCCCAUGCGAAAAGCUGAUGAACAAAUUCGGGUUUGAGUGGCCAGAUAACUUAAACUGUGAUCGAUUUCCAGAGAAUGGUCUUUGUAUUGGAGAAGAUACGACUGAUCGUCAAAUAAUGACUACCAAGCCAGUACUAGCUCACGAGAUCAAUUGAGAUAUGCAUUACGGGCGAACAUUGAAGACUGAAUCUCCCCAAACAAUCAAACCACGACCAGUGACGUCUAUAUUAACACAGUGAGCUUGGACACAAUAUAAUCUCCGAUUGUAUGUACAAUUACAAGAGUGCAUGCAGUGUUUUAAAGCUUUACAUGUCUACUUUGUAAAAAGAUAUAUAUUUAUCGUCAGUAAGCAGCGCUUUAGUUUAUUUUUAUAAUGUUGGAGCAAGUAUUAUUUUUUUAUUCAAUAUAAAGCAUACAAUGUAUACAUGUAUAUACUCAUAAAACAAAGUGAUACCAUGUAGCAGCAAUAAUGUUCAAACAUGUUAUACAAGGUAUGCUAAUAUACUUUUUUGUUCUUGUGAUUAAAAAAAGGAAAAAGGGGGGAAAAAGUUAAAUAUGUAUUGUUUUUCUUUUUUGGGUUGUUUGUAGAAAAACAACAACAGAAUAGUUAUGAAUAAGGAUGAGUUGCAUAAUGUGGGUAGAAAGCAUACUUGACUUGUUUAAGAAAGUUUAAAGUAUUAUUUUUACCAAACACUGUCCAGUCGUUUCCACACCGUGUUAUGAAUUGGAACGAAACAAAUCAACAUUAACACAUUAAGUUCUUACAUGAUUGAUGAUGGUAACCAUGACUUGCUAUAUAUUUGCAUUUGUUUUCUUCUAAGAUGCCACGGGCAUGUGAUUGCAGAAAUAUAAUUGUAUAAUUCAUAUAUCCGAAAAAAGGUUGAUUAUUUAAUAUUUUCAUCAUGCCUCUUGUCUUUCAUAAUCAAGUGUUUUGUGAGUUUCGCUUAUAUAUAACAGUACUACAUUAAUUCUUCGUGAGAAUGUUAAUAAACUAUCUUUUCCUCCU